CAGCAAUAUGCGAGUAUGCGAGUAAGGAGGCGGUCAAGGAAUCUGCCUGGCAACCAUUGAACCUUCCAUCUUGCCCCACUAUCACUACAUUCUUACAUAGCACAUGCAUGUUGUGUGAAUCCUUCUAUACCCAUUCAUCAACUUUCCCGAUGAUUUCAGACAUCGGCCCGUGAUGAUAAACGCAGUGCUGGUCUUUAAUGGCCAAGGCCAACCCAGGCUGACCAAAUUCUACACACAGCUGGAAACCAGCAUACAGCAGCGCCUCAUCUCCGAGAUCUUCACACUAGUAUCGAACCGAGCGGACGGGGCAUGCAACUUUCUUCCUUUGCCCCCUCUACUUGCCGCAUCCGGCACCUCCCACUCGGCUUCGGAACCACACAACGACGUGCCGUCCCUGGUGACAUAUCGGCAUUACGCUACGCUAUACUUCAUCAUAAUAUCUACCUCGACCGAGUCACCGCUAGCCCUACUAGACCUCAUCCAAGUGUACGUCGAGUCGCUGGACAAGUUAUUCGAGAAUGUCUGUGAGCUUGACCUCAUCUUCAACUUCGAGACCUUGCAUGCUGCCCUCACGGAGAUGAUCGUUGGCGGCGUCGUCAUCGAGACCAAUCUCGACCGCAUCGUCGCCGGUGUCCGCUCCCAAGGGACUGUGGCCAAGCGCCCUGUCAACGAAUCUAGGGGUACGGGACUAGGCGCCGGCCUGAGCAUGGGGGGCAACUUUGUAUGGCCCGGUCGGUGAUUUAAGACACAUCCGCAUAAGCAUAGCGUGCAAAGGUAGCCAUUAAAGGUGUCUGGAGUUUGGGUUUGGUAGGUUCACGGAUACGGGAUGUGGAAUCGAGUUAAGAGUAGCAUCGUCUUGUAAUAGAACAUUCCGAAAUGUUUACAAGUAUAUCUAACAUCAAAUGGGUAUUUCCCAGUCCUUAAAAAACUCCAUCCAUGCAAUAUGACGCUUGUAGUGUACAGAGAAUUCGGUUUACUUGGGAUGUAUGUUGGGCUGUGUGUCGAGAUUUUGUUUCUGUCUUUGUUCCGGUGAGGGGAAGCCAAUUGCGUUCCAAAACUUCACUCUUGUCUAGGUAGGUACAAAUACGAGUUAGCGCUCCACGGUUGCAGUGUAGAUAAGAGGUCCAACAUACAUCAUGGAAAGGAUGUUUCUCCU